AUGCACUCGUCUUCCGCUGGACAGGAACUCGAGAUGCUGGCGGCCAGUAUACCAAUGUCGGCGACGCCAUGGCGAAUUCCAACACCAGUGGAACCCGGAGCACAUCUCGCCACGGGGCUCCAGUACGCCACCCGUUCCAAUGACCAGAACGCAUAUCGAGAAUUCGCGGCGCAGGUGAACGACCAGAGCCGAGCCAUGGCCACGUUGCGCGGCCUGCUUGAAUUCAAAGCCAGCGAUUCAAUCCCCAUCGACGAGGUUGAACCCGCCGUAGAUAUCGUGAAGCGUUUUGCCACCGGAGCCAUCUCUCUGGGUUCCAUCAGCCGCGAAGCCCACGAGACAAUGGCCAUAGCCAUGAACCGCCUGGGCGCUCGCAGCAACACCGGAGAGGGCGGUGAGGACUAUCACCGGUACUCGCCGGAUGACAACGGAGACAGGCGUUCCAGCGCCAUCAAACAGGUGGCGUCGGGCCGCUUUGGCGUAACACCGAAUUACCUCGUCAACGCCACCGACCUCCAGAUCAAGAUGGCCCAGGGAUCCAAACCAGGCGAGGGCGGCCAGCUUCCGGGCCACAAGGUCGACGAAUACAUCGGUUGGGUCCGAAACACCACUCCGGGCGUGGAACUUAUCUCGCCGCCACCCCACCACGACAUCUAUUCAAUCGAAGACCUCGCCCAACUGAUCCAUGACCUCAAAAACAUCAAUCCCGAUGCCCGCAUACAUGUGAAACUGGUGUCGGAAGUCGGCGUGGGAACCAUCGCUGCCGGCGUGUCUAAAGGCCACGGCGACGUGGUGCUCAUCAGCGGCCACGACGGCGGUACCGGCGCUUCUCCCGAAUCCUCGAUCAAACACGCCGGUCUGCCCUGGGAACUCGGCGUGGCUGAAACCCAACAGGUGCUGGUCGCCAACGACCUCCGCAGCCGCAUCGUCGUCCAAACCGACGGCCAACUCAAAACCGGCCGCGACGUGGCCAUCGCAGCGCUGCUGGGCGCAGAAGAAUUCGGAAUGGCUACGGCGGCCCUGAUCGUCAACGGCUGUAUCAUGUUGCGCAAGUGUCACCUGAAUACGUGCUCGGUCGGCAUUGCAACCCAGGACCCCGAAUUGCGGAAACGAUUUGCCGGUCAACCUGGCCACCUGGUCAACUAUUUCUAUUUCGUAGCCGAAGAAUUGCGAGAAAUCAUGGCUCAGAUCGGUGUCCGCACGGUUGCCGAGAUGGUGGGCCGGGUCGACAAACUGGAAACUCGGCAGGCCGUGGAUCACUGGAAAGCCUCCGGCAUCGAUCUUUCCCGUCUGCUGGUGAUCCCACCUCGUACCGAACGGGUGCAAACCUACUGCUGUAUCACCCAGGAUCACGGCCUUGAGCGUGCGCUGGACCACCAAAUCAUAUCGCAGGCGCAACCGGCCAUCGAUCACGGCGAGCCGGUGGAAAUCAACCUGCCGGUCAGCAAUUCAAACCGCACCGUUGGCGCCAUGUUGAGCGGUCGCCUCGCUCAGAAAUACGGCGAAGCCGGCUUGCCCGACGCAACUAUCAAAAUCAACCUGGAGGGUUCGGGCGGACAGAGUUUCGGCGCGUUCCUCUCACCCGGCGUAUCCAUUAACCUGGCGGGCGACACCAACGACUACAUGGGCAAGGGCAUCGGCGGCGGUCGCAUUGUAAUCGUGCCGCCAGCAGAAUCCGGUUUCGUGCCCGAAGACAACAUCAUCAUCGGCAAUGUCGCAUUAUACGGAGCCACCGGCGGCGAUGUAUUUAUCCGCGGUAGGGCCGGAGAGCGGUUCGCCGUUCGCAACAGUGGGGCCCGGGCAGUUGUGGAAGGAUUGGGCGACCACGGUUGCGAGUACAUGACCGGAGGUGUGGUUGCCGUUAUCGGCAGCGCCGGACGCAACUUCGGGGCUGGCAUGAGCGGAGGCGUUGCAUUCGUUUACGACCCGGACCGCGAUUUCCACAUCAGGUUCAACGACGGCAUGGCCGACCUCGAAAACCUGGAAGCCCCGGAGGACAUCGACCUGCUGCAUCAACUGCUAUCCGAGCACUUGGACCGCACGGGAAGCGGUCCGGCCGAACGUAUCCUGGCCGACUGGAACGAUAGCAUCGGCAAGUUCCGCAAAGCCAUGCCGCGGGACUAUCGUCGUGUGUUGGAAGAACGCCGCCUACGCGCUGAAACCGAAUCGCUGGCGGUGCACGAUGGGUAA